AUGCGAGUUCUACCGCGAGGGCUUGGAAAAGCCCAGCCGUCAAUGAUCCUAGUGUUGCUCCUGGUCAUUGCGAUUGCUGCUCAAGUGGCUGCGGUGCCUGCAGACGAUACAUCAACGGAUACUACCGACACCGCUAGGACCACCGACGAUCCCUCCACUACUGAUAGCCAGACCACCGCUGCUACGACAACCGAGUCCUCAUCUUCAUCAACCUCAACGUCAGCCUCAGAAGAUACUACUAGCACGACCUCUUCGUCAUCGACCAGCUCAACCAUGGAUACAACCACGACCUCAUCGUCCGAAACCUCCACAACCUCCGAUACAAGCACAUCAACAUCAUCCGUCUCCACGAGAACAACUUCAUCAACAUCAUCUUCCUCCACCACAACAGGCGCCGCGAUCGUGACAGUUCCCCCAAUCGCAAAUGCGCCAUACAUGCAAGAGAGCGCCGCGCCAGAGGGCACAGUAUUCAUCGCCGUCGGCGCCGCCUUAGGCCUAAUCGGCCUCACCCUUCUCGCAUGGCGCGCAAUGAUCGCAUGGUCCGUAAACCGCUCAGUGCGUCGCGCAGCCAUAAUCCACGCCUCAGAAUCCAAGCGCCUCCUUCGCGGCAGCAGAAAGAAGCGCUCAACCCCCUACACCACAGCGCCAGCGGCCGACGUCUCCCUCGAUAAACUCGGCGCCGCCACUCGCGCAAGCUACAAGCCCAACCGCAAUCCAAGUUCCAACAGCGGACUUUUCUUCUCGCCUACUGCUGGCGGUGGUGCCCACGGAUCGCAUGCUAGUCUUAAUGCGACGGGGAGCACGGGCAAUCGCGGUUCGACGUACCUUCCUGCUGGCUACUAUGCUGCUGCUGGCGGUUCCAACCCAGCAGUUGGUGGUGGUGAAGUACCAUACUCGCCUACGGCGGGUCUUUCGUCGCCAUCCUUGCCUCCUACGGGUGUCUAUCAUGAUUCGCAUAACCAGCGUCAGUCGUAUAUGGGCGCUUCGACCAGCUCCCUGAAUCUGAACCAGGCGCCUCAGGGCCGUGCUCCUAGCGCGUACCUGGAGGACUUGUUUGAGAGCCAUGUUCCUUCUCACAACUCGGGGUCUGAUCGUCGGUGA